AUGUUGCUGUGGCCUUUGAUGCUGGUUCUAGCUCCUGUCAGUGGACAGCUUGCAAGGACACACAAGUCCAUUAUUUCCCUCCAGCCUCCAUGGACCACAGUCUUCCAAGGAGAAAGAGUGACUCUGACUUGCAAGGGAUUUCCCUUCUACCCACAACAGAAAACAAAAUGGUUCCGUUUGUACCUUGGGAAAGAGAUACCAAGAGAAACCCCAGCAAAUACCCUCGAGGUUCGAGAAUCUGGAGAGUACAGAUGCCAGGCCCGGGGAUCCUCGCCCAGUAGCCCUGUGCGCUUGGUCUUCUCUUCAGCUUCACUGAUCCUGCAAGCUCCAGUUUCUGUGUUUGAAGGAGACUUCGUGGUUCUGAGGUGCCGGGCAAAGGCGGAAAUAACACUAAAUACUAUUUACAAGGAUGAUAAUGUCCUAGCAUUCCUUAAUAAAAGCUCCGACUUCCGGAUUUAUCAUGCAAGUCUCAAGAACAAUGGUGCAUAUCACUGUACUGGAUUUAAUAGAAGUAAUUUCCCUGUUUCUUCCAACAUAGUCAAAAUCCAAGUCCAAGAGCUGUUUUCACGUCCAGUGUUGAGAGCAAGCUCCUCCCAGCCCAUCAACGGGAGCCUAGUGACGCUGACCUGUGACACCCAGCUCUCUCUAGAGAGGUCAGAUGUCCAGCUCCAGUUCUGCUUCUUCAGAGAUGGCCAGACCCUGGGAUUAGGCUGGACCAACUCCUCGAAGUUCCAGAUUACUGUCAUGUGGAGUGAAGAUGCAGGGUCCUUCUGGUGCGAGAUAGAUACUGUGGCUCACACCGUCAAAAAAGAAAGCCCGAGAUCCCUAAUUCGUGUGCAGAAGCCUGUGCCCCUCCCACAGAUCCUGACUGAGUCAUCAUCCAUCUCAGCAGCCUGGUGCAACCUCACCAUGAAGUGCAGGGUUCUAGGGACCACAGAGGACCUGGACGUAAUCUGGGAGACCCAGGGUCUCCCCAGGGAGCUGGAGCAGAGAGGGACACUUGGACCAUCCCCCAACUCAUGGACUCUGGCUGUGAGCCUGUCCCCGAGCCAGCGCAAUGCCAGCCUCACCUGUGUGGUCAGCAACAAUGUGGACCAGAAAACUGCCACCAAAGACCUUGGGGAAGUAUGUUGGGCUCAAAAAAGUGUCCAGCAAGGGACUGGAACUUCACUUGUACUCCCAUUACUGUGUACGAUGCUUGUGAAAGGCCUUCUGCUCCUUGGGCUCCUUGGAAAGCUGGGAGUUGAAUUCACCAGGAAAAAAUUUCCAGCAGAGGAAGGGAAGUGA